AUUAGGGACAAAAAGUUAUCAAAUAUUUUAGUAACCGUUAACAAUACUCUAAAGAAAUAAAAACUCAUAACUCUAAUUUUUUACGACUUAACGAUGACCUAAUUGAUAACUCAAUAGAAAAACAAAUUAAAAUAUGAUAGUAUAUAUACACACCAAAACUCAAUAGAAAAAUUUGUGAUUCAAUUCUUAUGCCACAAUAUAUUACUCAAAUUGGGAGAUUUCUAAAAGGCCAAUUAUUUUUCUAUCACUUAAUUUGUGAUUCAAUUCAAGGCAAUGAAACUGAAGGCAAUGCAUUUUCCAGUAAUAAUGCUUACUGCAUUAUCCAUGUUGGUAGAAGCAGUUGUAUCUGAUGAACCCCAACAAGUCCUACCAGGAUACAAUUACACUUGUGGAGAUAUACAAAUUCCAUAUCCAUUUGGCAUAGGAAAUUCAACAACACUAGACCAUACAACAUGUUACAUGGAUUCAAAGUUUGAACUAACUUGUGUAAACUCAACAUUAAUCCGCGGUGAGAAUAUACAAGUCCUAAACAUAAAUCCUCAAGGUCAAAUGGAAAUGAAAUUUUUUGUCUCGCAUCUCUGUACUGAUAGUAGUAGUAAUAAUACUGAAAAACCCAAUAAACCUUUUCUCGGAGAUCCCUCUUUCACAAUUUCAAGCACGGAAAACAAAUUCAUAACCGUUGGUCACGACAGUUAUGGAUAUCUCAACAGUUAUUUCAAUGGUGCAACUUAUUCAACAGGGUGCUUAACAAGAUGUUAUGAUUGUGAUCCUAAAAUGGUACUAAUUGGGAAUAACACUGGAAAAUGCACAGGUUUAGGGUGUUGCCAAGUGGAUAUUCCUCCACUUAUGAAAAAUAUUACUCUUAAAACAUUUAGAUUCCCAACUUCUACAUUAUCUCAGGAUCAAGAAGAUUGUAGUUAUUCCUUUAUUGCAAAACAAGGAUCCUAUAAUUUUUCUGUAGACCAUAUUCAUAAUCUACCCAAUCAAUCUUUCCCCUUGGUUGUUAAUUGGGCUAUUUCAAGUGAAUCAUGCCUAAUAGCAAAAACUACAGAUAGCUAUGCCUGCAGGGAAAAUAGUGAAUGUGUCGAUAAUGAUCCAGAUUAUGAAGGUUACAGAUGCAAGUGUUUGGAAGGUUUUGAAGGAAAUCCAUACCUUCCUGGAGGCUGCACAGACAUUGACGAAUGUGCAAAAAAUUUACAUGGAUGCAAAAAUAGCGCAAAUUGCAUCAACACUGCUGGGAAUUACACUUGUUUCUGUCCUGUGGGGCAAACCGGUGAUGGAACAAAGGAAGGAGGGUGCAAACUACCUGAUAGAAAAACAUAUAUAUAUGUUAUUAUUGGAACAAUACUUUUUCCUGUUAUUGUGGGAAUAAUUUCCUUCUUUGUAUACCAAAAGAGGAAAUAUACCAAAUUGAAAGCGAAAUUCUUUAGGAAGAAUGGAGGUUCUAUUUUAGAACAGAAACUUCUCCAAAGAAAAGACUCGUCUAUAAUAGCUAAUGUUUUCAAAGAAAGUGAACUAAGGAAAGCGACUAAGAACUAUGAUGAGAACUUAGUCAUAGGUAGAGGAAGUUUUGGUAAAGUUUUCAAAGGGGAACUAGAAGAUAAUAGAAUUGUUGCUAUCAAAAAGUAGAAAACAAUAGAUGAAAGCCAAAUUGAGCAAUUCAUUAAUGAGGUGGAUGUUGUAUCCCAAAUAAAUCACAGGAAUGUGGUUAAACUCUUGGGGUGUUGUCUAGAAACAGAAGUUCCUUUGUUGGUUUAUGAAUUCGUCAGCAAUGGUACUCUUUCUGAUUUUAUACACACAAAUUUAGAGAAUAAUCCAACUUGGAAAAUUCGUCUUAAGAUAGCAACAGAGGUAGCUGGAGCUUUGUCAUAUCUACAUUCAGCUGCUUCAAUACCAAUUAUCCACAGAGAUAUCAAGAGUGCUAACAUUCUCUUAGAUGAAGACAACACUGCCAAAGUAGCUGAUUUUGGAGCUUCAAAAUUAGUACCACUUGACCAAUCUGAAAUAGCCACAAUGGUGAAAGGAACUAUUGGUUACUUAGACCCAGAGUAUAUGCUCACGAGCCAAUUGACGGAAAAAAGUGAUGUAUAUAGCUUUGGGGUAGUUCUUAUGGAGCUGCUAACAGGGGAGAGACCUUUUAGUUUUGGUAGGCCAGAAGAGAGAAGAAAUCUUGCUACAUAUUUUCUGUCCUGCUUCAAAAAGGAUAACGUGUUUGAAAUUAUUGAAGAUGGUAUGUUGAAUGAAGAAAACAAACAAGAGAUAAAGGAGGUAACUGAUCUUGCGGCAAAGUGUUUGAGACUAAGAGGGAAGGAAAGACCAAGCAUGAAGGAAGUGGCUAUGGAAUUGGAAACAAUGAUCUUAAAUGUAGAGGGGAAUCAGCACUAUGAAGAUAUUGAUUGACUUGGAUAAUGGAAGAUGAUUGAACAAAAUGCAGUUCCAUUUCGUUGUUUUAGAAGUUUUUUGCAUGCAUAUUUCAUUUCAUAUGAAUAAUCCAAAUCAUUUUGUAAUUGUAAUGUAAUGUGCUUAUAUAAUUAAUGUGUUCUGGGUUUGUAUCUUA